UAGCGUAGAAUGCUCUCUGUAUUGUACUGAAUUCUUUGGAUUUUAUUCGAAUGCGUUUGAUUCUAUCUUGCAAACACGACAUUAAUAAAUGUGUUUUUAAUUUACCAAAAGUGAGAAGGUUUUCACAUUUGGAAUUAAUACUUACAGCGCACUAUUAUGGAAUUAUUUUGAAAAGUGAUUAAGGAGGUGAUAAUAUUGUUUUUUUACGAAAUAGCACAAAAGUCAAUAAUAUAUCGAUACAUUUGAUGUUGAUUUAAGAAAGAUAUGGAUUUAAUGGAUAAUUCAACGAGCAAUUCUGUGAAAAUGGAUUUGAGAUAAUAAUGGACUUUUUUUAUUUGAUUUUAUAACAAGAGUACACAAACAUCUUUUAUGGAACGUUGUGAGUUAAAUAUGUAAUAAUAUAAUUACAUAUCCAGGGCUGCUAAUAACGUGUCAUACAAAACAUGAAUUUGUUAAAAAAUGUUGAAAGUACAUCUUUACGACAAGGCGAUUAACAUUUCUGUCUGAUAAUACGUAAGUGUUUUGUAAGUACCAUUAUUGAUGUGUUUUUCGUGUCGGGGCAUUCACAGAUUCUGUUGAUGGUUUUGCGAAAAGUGAGUGGAUUUAUUCACAUCUUCAGUAUGGAACCAAAGUAUUAUGCAUGUGUGUGGAUUUUAUUCCAUGGAUUUAUAUGGCAGCUGACCGCCCUGGACCUUUCCUCUGAUGCCGGCCAGCACAACUUCAAAAAACGAACUCAGUGUCGUGACUCUCUGGGCAUGCAGUCCGGAGCCAUUCCUGACUCAGCCAUCACAGCCAGCUCCUCUUUCGAUGAUGACACAGUCGGACCGAAGUUUGCAAGGAUACGUACCGAGACGAUGGGAGGUGCCUGGUGUCCCAAGCCAAUGAUCAGCCAGAACUCGUAUGAGUAUCUGCAGAUUGACCUCGGAAAACUCUCCGUGGUAACCAUGGUGGAGAUUCAGGGACGCUUUGGGAACGGUCAGGGUCAGGAGUACACAGAGCAGUUCUUGCUGGAAUAUCAAAGGGAGGACAUGGGCGAGUGGAUGAGAUUCAGGAACAAGCAGGGGCAGGAGUUGUUCAAGGGCAAUGAGAACACGUACCUGACGGAGAUGAGGGAGGUAACUCCACCAAUCAUUGGCCGCCGUGUCAGGUUCAUCCCGUAUAGCAAGACUCUCCGUACCGUGUGUAUGAGGGUUGAGAUAUAUGGCUGCAAGUGGGAAGAUGGUGUGGUGUCAUACAGCGUACGUCAGGGAGACAGACGUGGCUCCGAGCUGGACUUUGUGGACUUCACGUACGACGGCAUGAUCCAGGAGAACUUCCUGUUGGAGGGGCUGGGUCAGCUAACAGACGGGGAGAUAGGGGACUACAACUUCAGGCUCGACAACGAAGAACUGCGCAUCAAGGGAUAUGAGUGGGUGGGCUGGCGUAAUGACACACAGGACUUCGAGGGCCCUCUGAUCAUCACGUUCAAAUUUGACCAAGUACGCAAUUUCAGCAAAGUCUUCAUCAACUGCAACAACCUCUUUUCAAAGGACGUUCGUGUUUUCAAGGUGGCGCUGGUUUACUUCAGCGUUGGUGGGAAUCUCUACCAGAACUCGCCAGUCAAGUAUGACUUUAUUCGGGACGACGUAGUGGAGUAUUCGAGACCUGUGAUGAUCAAACUGAACAACAACGUAGGCCAGUACGUCCGUCUGCAGUUGUACUUUGAUGCCAAGUGGAUCAUGAUCAGUGAGGUGCAGUUCAUAUCAGAGCUUGUGACAGGCAACUUCACAGAGGAGGUUCCCCCUGCGACCUUGAAACCCCCGCUGGUGCCUCCCAAACCAGAAGACAAGUACUAUGAACAUGAGCUGAGCAUCGGCAAGGAUGGCAAGGGUACGCAGGUUGGCAAUGUAGAGCCAGAGAAAGCUACCAAACAGCAGACACCAGGAAGUGACAUCAUCAGUAUCAUCAUCGGUUCUCUGGCGGGGCUCAUCGCCAUUCUCAUCGCCAUUGUGAUCUUCAUAGUGUGCCGACACCGGCAUAAAAAGAACAACAACAACCGUCGCAUGAAGACAGCCAUCGCAGACACAAAUAACCAGAUGGCGGUCAACAUGUCUGACCUGCGGGGGACACAUAACAACGGCAAGGUGCUCAAUGGACACAUGUACAACGGGGUUCCUCUCACGGAGCUUGAGUCUGACAGGGAAUGCUGCAGUGUUGAGCGCCCAAAGCACAAUGGUUAUCGCGAACCAAAAGACUCGGUUAUCGUAAAUAGGGGCAGCUUGGCCCCUAAUUUGACUGACCUCCCAGAAUUACCUUCACCAGCAGAAAGCCAGGAUUACGCUGUCCCCGAUGUUACCAAGUCAGCUCUGAUGACCUUUCCACAGGCGCGCAAGCAGAACAACCUUGACAAGCCACCCCCACAGUAUGAUGCCCUCUAUGCUGCAGCCGACAUUGUCAGCACCCAGGUCCCCAAUAUACCUUCACUACAGGGUGUGAGUGGCAACAAUGUGUACGCUGUUCCCAAUGCAGAGCUGCUUCUUAGCAUUGAUGUUUCUGUCAACGAAUUCCCACGUGAGAACCUACGCUUCAUCGAGGUGUUGGGACAGGGGCAGUUUGGAGAGGUUCACCUGUGUGAUGCAGUGAACAUGAGUCAUUUUGUGGAGGAGGAUUUCAUAAUGAACCGCACACUGUCCAGACCAUGCCUGGUGGCCGUGAAAAUACUCAGAAACAACGCAGAGGACAGAGCAAGAAAGGACUUUCUGAAGGAGAUCAAGAUCAUGUCCCAGCUACGGGACCCCAAUAUCGUUCGUGUCCUGGGCGUGUGUACGGGGGAGGAGCCAUUGUGUAUGAUAGUGGAGUACAUGAAGUAUGGAGACCUCAACCAGUUUCUGCUCGACCACGUGCUGGAGACACCUUCUGCACAGGCUAUCAAUGCUAAAAUACUCAGCUACGGGUGCCUGAUCUACAUGGCGUCCCAAAUUGCCUCCGGCAUGAAGUACCUCGAGUCUCUGAACAUGGUGCAUCGUGACCUCGCUGUACGCAACUGCCUUGUUGGCAUGAACUUUACUAUCAAGAUUUCUGAUUUUGGGAUGAGUCGGAGUUUGUACAGUGCUGACUAUUACAAGAUAGAGGGACGAGCUGUGCUUCCGAUACGAUGGAUGGCGUGGGAAUCUAUACUACUGGGCAAGUUUACGACUAAGUCAGACGUCUGGUCAUUUGGAGUGACGCUAUGGGAAAUAUUGACUUUUGCUCGUGAUCAACCGUAUCAUAAUCUAAGUGAUGAUCAAGUGAUAGCCAACGCAGGACAUUUGUACAGAAACGACGGACAGCAGAUAGUUCUACCGCAGCCCAUUGUUUGCCCCCGUGAGAUUUAUGACAUGAUGGUCGAAUGUUGGAACCGCUCUGACUGUGAGCGACCCACAUUCAAAGACAUUCACAUGUUUUUGUUACGAAAGAACAUGGGAUACAAUCCAAAGGAUGAAAAGUUGAACCAAUUAAAAAUUCCAGUGUGUUAGUUAUGGUGACUUAUACUGGUAGAUAUCGAAAUCGAACUGAGACAACAAAGCUAUUGUGUCCUUCAGUUAUCUGCCAAGAAUUGGAAGCAAUAUUAAAUGCUGUGAGAAAAGCAUAUAGAAGAGUUGUUAUUCUAGCAGAGCGCUCUCCGUUUGUAAACAAAAGUGUCAACAAUAAAAACAGUGAAGAUCCAAACAAUAUUAUCAACGGUAAAUACAGAGAGGCAUCCAAAUGAAUAAACAAUUUUGUCAACGGUAAAUGCAGAGGAGAUCCAAAUGAGUGUAACAUGAGGCUUGGAUAUGGUAUUUUAGCAUAUUGUUUUAUUUGAAAGAAAGCUUAAAGCCUUUAACUCUUCGGUUGGCGUCCCAUUGUGCUAUUUACUAAAAAACAUCUCAGUCCACGACUUGACUAACUCAAAUAACUUAUAUCAUUCAUUUCUUAUUUUGUGCUAACUGUUAUAUUGUUAUAUAUCUGGUAUAUAUUUUUCAAAGUUUUUAAAAACCCUGCUGUGUUUGCAUUAAACUGUACACUUUUCUUUGUUGUACUUAUUUGGAAUAAAAAAAAGCUAUUUAUGGUAGAUCUAUAUUGAAGUCCUGUACAUAGUAAAAAUAAAUCCGAUUUAAAAAAAAGUACCGUACUAUGAACACUAUUAUUUUAAAAUGCAGAGUUCUUAUGCAUUAAUUUGUCAUAUUUAUGCCCCCCUUCGAAGAAGAGGGGGUAUAUUGCUUUGCUCAUGUCGGUCGGUCGGUAGGUCAGUCGGUCCGUCCACCAGGUGGUUUCCGGAUAACUCAAGAACGCUUGGGGCUAGGAUCGUGAAACUUCAUAGGUACAUUGAUCAUGACUCGCAGAUAACAAAAAUAAUUUACUGGUAGACAAACAUUUUAAUGGCAAGUUCAGAAUAUCUUUCAGCUUACAAUGGCCUUGUGCUAUAUUUUGUGCCUGAUUUUAUCGGAGAUGUUUAAAUGUAAACAAAGAUGAUGAAAGUCAUAAUUGUAUCAAAAACAAAAUCUCACUUAGACAAAAUUAAAACAAACCACUUUUGUUGGUACAAUUGUGAAGUUGUAAUGUGAACUGCCUUAAAUGAUUAAAUACCAUGUUUGGGGUAGCAUAAUUCAACUGUUUAUGUAAGAAUAGUAUUUGUGUGAUACAUUAUGCUCAGAAGACUUCAAAAUCUGAUACAGUUUGUUCAUAUUCGAUAUCUUCAUAACUUUUCAAUAUCUAAUCUUUGUAUGCUUCAUAAUACCAUUGAACAUUGCCCUGUCAUUCUUUGUUACCGGUUUUAGUGCCAUUUUUGUGUUGUUGUUAAUUUUAUUUUGUAAUUAUACUGAAGUUGUUAACAUAUUUACCUUUAAAAAUAUUGUAUGCUUGUUGAAUUUUUUAUUCAUUACUGAACAGUGUAAAACAUUUUUAAUUUGUCAUUCCCCAUCGUCUUCUAUUUGGUCUAGAUUGUUCAGUUUUCAUGAUAGACUUCAUGCAACCCCAUCUGUCUUAAUGGAAACAUUUACACCUUGCUCUGUGUAAAGGAGUUUAAUGCAUGUGGGUAAAGUGUCGUCCCAGAUUAGCCUGUGCAUUCCACUUGGGCCAAUUAGGGACAACACUUUCCGCCUAAACUGGAUUGUUGCUAAGAAGAUACUUUCUUUAAACAGAAAAUACCAUAAAAGUGGAACGUGUUGUCCCUGAUAAGCAAACUGCACAGGCUAAUUUGGGACAACACUUUAAAUACGCACAUGCAUUAAACCCCCUUUUCACAGAGCACGGCUCAUUUGUUUAUACAUUUCCUUCUGGCCAUGAAAUCCAUUCCAGGUUUACAAGUUAUGAUAAUGAGCUGUAAGUUCUGCAUGGCAUAAGUUCUGCUGGUGAACCAUUUUAUAACUGAUAUAGCUCUAGCCAAAGUUUGGUUACUCUAUUGACAUAUAAAACAUGAAAUAUCAAUUUUAUUUCAUGUACUGAUAGUGGUAUCUGAUAAUAUACGAAAAAAGCUAAAAAUAUUUAGACUGUUAAUUGCAAGGACAUAUAUUUGAAUUACAUGUACCAAUUUAAGAUCACUAUGUUUGAAUGUCAUCUAUAAAUUGCUACUUAAAAAGAUAAUAAUAACAUCAUCUAAGGUAUAAAUGCAGAGGGACAUAUAUUUAAUUUCUGCUAUUGCCUCAUCAGUUAUCUCAGUAAAAAUGACUGCACGUAUGGUUAAAAUUGUAUCAUCUCGUUAUCAUCAAUGUUGUGAUUGUCAUGAUACAUGUUGUAUUUUUGUUGUGCAAAUUGGAAAGAAAUUAGUACGUUCCAAAAUGCUGUUUUUUUUAUACUGUAUUGUAAAGAAUACAAUAGCCUUACUCCAUUAAUGUUAAUGUGAGUUUUGACUAUUGCAUGCGCCUUAAUCACCUAAUUACCUCCAUUAAAAGCCACUUGUAUAUUUCUGCAUAAAAUCAACAAUAUGUGAACAUUUGGAUUUAUUUCCUUUGGCUCUAAAACCAAAUUAUAAUUAACGUGAAUGUAUGACUAAAUAAGGAAAAUAUUCCCUUUAAGUACACUAAGUUAACCUUAAAUUUUGUAUUUUUUAAAAUUGUGAGAAAUUCAUUACAUGUAUAUGGAUAUAAUUUUUAUUACGUUAUGCCAUAAUUGAUUAAUAUAGGUAAGCGACUUUGGGCCUUUCAGGCCCUCUUGUUUCUAAAAUGUUGGUGCUUAAUACUUGUAAAACGAAAAGUUGUAAAAUUAUUUAUUAAAACAAUCGUUUUUUACCUACAUACUUAUACAUAAAUUAGCCAGCUUAUCUGUGGUUAGAUUGAAUUUGUUAACUAUGAGCCAUUACAUUUAACGAGUACCAAAUCAUGCUUUAAUCAUUUAGCAGUUGUAUCUGCCUAGCACUUCAAACAUUUGUUUUGAUGGUUUUUGUCUGUAGCUUCGGUAUAAAUAAAGACAUAUAUACACAUUAUGAUCAGGACACAUGUUUAUCUAUAAAUUGUUUGUUUAUUAUUUACUGUUUGAUUAAUCAGAAAUGUUAAAUGAUAAAAUAUGCUUUCAAAGAUAUGUAAAACAAAAAUAGCAUGUUAGGUUUGUAUGAAGUUUUCGAAGUUUGAAUCAAGAGUUUUAUUCAGAUUUACCAAUUAAACUAACAAAAGUAGUAAGUUCACUAAAUAUGUUGUUAUUUUAAUUAAUAUAAAUACAUUAUAAUUUUAGUUUCACUAAUAACAUGUCCAGUAUUUGAAUACUUUUGAAUUGGUCUGUAAAAUAGUUUCUUUGGGCACAUGAAUCAAACUGUUCAUAGAACUAUUAUAUAUAGUCAGAUUUAAGGUUUGUGUGUUAUUUUUGUGUUCCAAGUGUCUAUUAAUAUUUGCUUAGGCAGUGCUCCAGCUAGAAUUUGAAAAGGGCAGGGUGGCUUUUUUGUCAAAAGGGCACUUUCGACGCGCAGUAUUUUGUGAAAAGGGCACUUUCGACGCGCAGUAUUUUGUGAAAAGGGCACGUUCGAGCGCGCAGGUGUUUCUGGAAUGCUUUCUAUUGCAUGUUAAUUUAUAUGCUAUAAAUAAUUGUAUUAUUCCCAUUAUUACUAAACCAUUCAAAUAUAAUGUCUACAAUGAGGAUUAAACUAAUUACAAUGUAAUAAGAGAUUUAUGAAUUAUCAUAUGUAA